AUGGCAAGCCACCAUCAAGUUCAGCAGCAGAAACAACAGUUGAAUCUUCCUCCAGGGUUCAGGUUUCACACGAUGAACAUGGAGAUCAUCAUCUUCUACCUGGUCCCCAAAGUUCUGAAGAAAGCCUUUGACACAACUAUGGUAUGGGAGGUGGAUAUGAAAAAAUACGAGCUAUGGAAUGUCCCAAACGAGGUAAACAUGGGGGAGAAGGAGCGAUACUUCUUCUCCUACAAGGACCUCAAGUACCCCACCGGGAUACGGACAAAUCGGGCCAUGAACGCUGGCUAUUGGAAGGCUACCGCAAAGGAGGAGGAUAUCAUUCUACCACUGACCAAAAGUCUCAUCGGCAAGAAGAAGACACUGGUCUUCUACAAGGGCAGGGCCCCUAGGGGGAGGAAGACAAACUGGAUCAUGCAUGAGUACAAAAUCGAGAUCGACAAGCAGCCGACACCCGACUUGCCCACCAACAUCGUCGAACCCGCCACCAUUAAUGUGUCUUCCAAGGAGGAGUAUGUGGUCUGUAGAAUUUUCCAUAAGACCACAGGACUGAAGAAGGUGGUGACGCCGUCAUAUGCCCCGUCUAGUCUUAUGUCCAUUGCGGCAGAGCAGCAUCGAGGCUUCCUCGAAUCAAGUACAUUGCCUCCUGUCAUGGACUACGACGUGUUGUUGUCUCUGGCACCACCGCCGCUGCUGCCUGCAACGUUUGUGUACCAGAUGCUUGCCAUCUGGGCCAGAUCAUCAAUGAUGCUUAGCAUGAUGGUCCCUAUUUUAGUGUACAUAUUUUUACAUGAGGCAAACAUUUUGUUUUACAUUGCAUCCAAUUUUUUUAAAAUGUCACAAAAACAUGUUUGGACCAGUGAACAUUUUUUAAAUGUAACAUACAUUUUUUGA